UUAGCACAAAAUGGUAACAAAACUACACCGUUUUACCUCACCUCACGUGAAUUCAACCUGUCUCUUUCUUCUUCUCUGAUUCAAUCUCUGCAACACACCGUUGAGUUUUCACACUCUUCAGUUGACCUAAACCCCCAAAUCAAAUUUUCAAAUUCACCAAUCACAUCACAAAAACCCUUUCAUUUUCUUCAUCAAUCACACUCAUGUUCCCAAUUACAACACUAAUAAUUCUUCAUAUAUUCAAAACCAUUCAAAAUUGAUGAUGGUGACGAUGAAGAUCAAGAAUCUUCCAGUUCGUUACCUAAUUGUACUCCUAACCUUCAUCUGCACAUCAGUCUGUUACAUAGAACGCGUCGGAUUUUCAAUCGCUUACACCGUCGCCGCCGACGCUGCUGGAGUUAAACAAUCAACAAAAGGAACAAUUCUCUCAACUUUCUACUACGGUUACGCUUGUUCUCAAGUUCCCGGUGGUUACUUUGCUCAGAAAAUCGGUGGUAGAAAAAUUCUCCUUUUAUCAUUUCUGUUAUGGUCUUUAACAUGUGCAAUUCUUCCAUUAGAUCCGAACAAAACCCUAAUUCUUGUAACUGCUCGUUUACUUGUUGGGGUUUCUCAAGGUUUCAUUUUUCCUUCAAUUCAUACUGUUUUAGCUCAAUGGGUACCUCCACAUGAAAGAUCUAGAUCGGUUUCGUUGACUACUAGUGGUAUGUAUCUUGGUGCUGCUCUUGGAAUGUUGUUUCUUCCUAGUUUGGUUAAGUAUAAAGGUCCUCAAUCUGUUUUUAUUGCUGAAGCUUUUUUAGGAUUUGUUUGGUCUUUCAUUUGGUUUAGAUAUAGUUCUGAUCCUAAAAGUUCAGCUUCGGGUGCUGGCGAAUCGAUUUUGCCGGUUAAUAAGAAGGUUGAUGGUCGAGUUUCGGUUGGAAUUGAGAAGAGUAGUGUUGAGAAAAAUGGAGGGAAGAAAAGUGGAAUUGGGAUUCCUUGGGUGAAGAUUAUGACUAGUUUUCCUGUUUGGGCUAUUGUGGUUAAUAAUUUCACUUUUCAUUAUGCUUUGUAUGUGUUGAUGAAUUGGUUACCGACGUAUUUUGAAUUAGGGCUUAAGUUAAGUCUUCAUGAAAUGGGUUCGUCGAAGAUGUUGCCUUAUCUUAAUAUGUUUGUGUUUUCGAAUAUUGGUGGUGUUGUUGCUGAUUAUUUGAUUACGAGGAGGAUACUGUCGGUGACUAUGACAAGGAAGUUUUUGAAUACAAUUGGGUUUUUAGUUGCUUCGUUUGCUUUGAUUGUGAUUCCGAGUUUUAGAACUUCUGGUGGUGCUGUGUUUUGUUCUUCGGUUGCUCUUGGUUUUUUGGCCCUUGGUAGAGCUGGGUUUGCGGUGAAUCAUAUGGAUAUUGCUCCGAGGUAUGCUGGAAUUGUGAUGGGGGUUUCAAAUACCGCCGGUACUUUGGCUGGUAUUGUUGGUGUUGACCUUACUGGGAAACUACUUGAAGCUGCUAAGUCCUCUGAUUUGGAUCUUUCGAGCCCGGAAAGUUGGAGGAUGGUAUUUUUCAUCCCGGGACUUUUGUGUGUUUUUAGUUCUGUGGUAUUCUUGUUGUUUUCUACCGGGGAGAGGAUUUUUGAUUGAGUUAGCCUUGUAACAUUCUUUGAUUGUUAAAUCAUUGAUUUGAUCACGUGCUCUUAUAUUGUGGAGAUUUUAAUUUUUAUUAUAUCUCCAUGUUAUGUUAUUCAUUCUUGGAUAGGAGAGAGGUGAUGUACAAAGCUCGACGGCCAGAUUGUAUCACCAACGGAUAUGAAUUUGCUAUUGUUAUACAUUAUGAUUUUUCCAACAUGUACGAUUUCUAGUUAGUAAAGGUUACAAUACUGUUGUAUCAAACAAUGAUUCUUAGGUGUUAAUCUAUGCCUUGGAUGAAACUCAUACUUUAGUAUGAUUAAAA